UUGGGUAGUCGGAGAGUGGCCAAGAAGGCGUAAUCUGAAUAUCUGCAUCUCUGCGUGGAACAGCAACAACAACGACGGACAUCGAGCACCAAACAAUGAGCGCCGGACUCGCCGAGACUCGGAACAACGAGGCAGAAACAGAAGGCUCAAACACGGUGAUGAACCACUCGAAUGGGCCAAGUGCAAUCAUAUAGGAUCGAUGUGCCAGUCAAUGAUGGACUUCCAACUGCCCAGCACCAUUCAUGGCCAAAAAAAAGUAUUCUGCGUGCUUACUCCAGAACGGCUUUUACCGAGAAUGGUCAGUUCUGGGUCAAUCUCCAAUCCAGAAAGUGAAUGAGUGAGUGCCAGUGGGUACGAGUGAAAACCAACCAGUGAGUGAAGAAACAAGGUGAAUAAGAAUUAGGUGCAAGUGCCGAAGACCCAGGAAUUGUUCGAAGAGCAGGGUAUACAUUUUCCAUUUCGCUCUUUUUGCGUGCUGUGGUUGCAAUUUGCACACUUCUCUUUGGUGAAAUGCAGAUUCACCUUCAUCUGCGAGAACUUUGCCUCAUGAGCGAACUUUAAUGCAGAAGUCACGAGCCGAUCUGCCAGUGUUCCGGGGUAGUGGCUUUUUUCCAAGGCAGAGUUGUUCCAAAAGUCUUUUUUCCUACCAAUGUUAAACGGUGUGCCCGACCGAGUGGGGAAAUUGGAAGCUUUCAUGAGGGAUUAGACAUCGCCGAGGCGGAACUGGUUCAAAUUGGUGGAACAAUAGUGAGUGGGUAUAAGUUCCACAAACGGAAAACGAAGAAUCGCCUCGUUUGUGGAAUUGAACGUCAUGAUCAGCUAAAGAUUGAAGAGAGCCCUUACGUAUAGUUUCUCUUUUCCCAUUUCGUACGUACGUAGUUACGUACGUAGGUACGUUCGACAUCGAACUACUACAUCGAAGCAAAUCAAGAUGAAACUUCCAAAGCCCAUUCAAGCCCGACGGCUUUAUCCUCAUUACAUCUUAAUUCUAUUUUGGAUCAGCGACACAGUCAGCAACGGAUCGCCUUGGGACUGGCAAGGUGGGAAUGUCCGAUAUUCUACCGUCCAAACAGACUCGUCCCAAGACCUGCCCAACGACAGCGAUCCCAUUUCCCUGGAGGUCACCACCAACGUCACCGUGUUCGAAGGCGAAACGGUCCAUUUACCAUGUCGAGUCAGGAAUCUCGGCGAGUACACCGUCUCGUGGAUGCGUGGUCGAGACAUGAGUGUGGUGUCCGUGGGCCACGUGACUUUCAGUUCGGACAAACGCUAUCAUGUGGUGCACGUCCCAAGGCCGAGACUGAAUGCAGCCGACUGGAACUUGGAGAUUAAAGACGUGUCUCAAAAGGACUCGGGGUGGUACGACUGUCAAGUGAACACUGAGCCCAAAAUUAGCAAUAAGAGUUACCUCGUGGUUCAAGAGAGGCUACCUUGGAUGUUGGAGGGAAUCAGCCGUAAGCUCCAAGAUGCUCCAGCCAGGUCUAGGGAGACGGUCUCCGAGCUGUUCAGCUCUACCACCGAUCCGUUCGCGUCAAUAUCCGGACCGCCGAUGAUCCGGAUGCCCGUGGGCCACAUUCUCACGCUGGAGUGCACCCUCUCUCGACUCCCGGCACCCCCGUCCAAUUUUUAUUGGACGCACAACGAGGCUGUGAUAACUCCCAAAGACCGAAGUGGCGUCAGUCUCGAGUCCGAGAAGUUGUCCGGGGUGUCGCACUCCAAAAUCGUGAUCGUCGACCUCAAACCCGAGGAUGCGGGGACCUAUGCUUGCAUCAGCGAUUUGACGCCCACAGCCCAGGUUCAGGUGGUCAUUGAUUCCGCCGAUGACCAUUCCGAAGCAUUGGCAUCCCGAGUGUCCUCGAGCUCGAUUCCUCCGAGUAGCAUUUCCAUCCUGCUUUUCGUUAGCGGAUCCAUCGCCGGGUCGCUCUCCAAAUGGAGGGUUUCCACUCUCGAGCAACCAGUCUAGAAGCAAACAUGGAAGCGGAAAAAAAGAGAAGACGAGGAGAAGAAGAAGAAGAAGACAGAGAGACGAACAAGAAAAAAGGGUUCAAAUUGAAUUUUCGAAGACUUAAGACUGCCCUAGGGAGUACACAGAGCACCACACAUACACACACAGACACACACACACACACACAUAGAAAGAGAGCCUCACCUAGGUCAGAUUGACAAAAGCGCAGAUGACGAA